CUAUUUUACCGUCCUGAAACGGUUCUCUCUUCACACACCCAACACAGAUACAUACGCAAUCGAUCUGCAGUAGAACCUUACUUCAAUCAAUUCCCCCAGGUUUUUUUUUCUGAGACUCGUAAGGGGGGAAUAUGUCAAACACCGAGGAAGUCAAAGAACAGACAGAAGUUGUUAUGGAGGAUGCUGAAAAGUCAAUGCCAUCGGCACAGCAGGAAGAGCAAGCUGUAAAGAAGAAAUACGGUGGAAUUGUGCCCAAGAAACCACCGCUCAUUUCCAAGCAGGACCACGAACGUGCCUACUUUGACUCUGCUGAUUGGGCUUUGGGAAAGCAAGGUGUAGCGAAACCCAAAGGACCACUGGAGGCUCUGCGGCCAAAACUACAGCCAACUCAGCAGCAAACACGUUAUCGCAAAUCUCAAUAUGCUCCAUCAGAAGGUGAAGAUGGAAAUACUGCUGAACCAGAAGACUCGACCAACGAAUGAAAAAGCAUAUGUUGAUCCUUUUGAUCAUGGGGAACUCUGAUAUUACCUGCAUAUAAUAUUUACCUGCAUCGUAACUUUUGGUGGGACUGAAUUUCCGCUAAAAUAAGAUCUUCAAGUGCCCCAAAUAGAGGGAAAAUGCACAUAUAUGUUUGUGUAUUUCUCCAGAUCAAGAGGUCUUCAUGAACUUUUUUCCUGUUGUAAACUAUUUCCUGCUAUCCAGUCGAGAUUAUGAAUUCAAGAUUUGAGGUUUUGGACGUAAAUUUGUAAUCCCAGUUCCCUUUCUUCUUUUUUCGUACUAUUAUAAGUGGGUUGCUUUAAUUUCCUUCGAUGA